AUGUUUUACAAAGUCUUCCAAUCUUUACACACAUCAGCGAUCUCCACACAGGGAGAAGCCGUACUGCUGUCCUGA